UCAAAAAAUUUCAAACCCACCAAUCGGCCGACCCCAACGGCAACUCCCCAUCUCCCCACUUUCAACUCGCCCCACGUCUCCGCGACCGCGACGCCGCCGUUUCAUCAGCUCGUCGUCCCUCGAUCGCUCCCACAAGGACACCGCACGCUCGCAGAGGCCAUGGAUCCCCACCCCACCCCCUUCCCAGGGAAGCGCCGGCUGGCUGCCGCUCCCGCGCCGCUGGCGUUGAAGGCGGCGGCGCCCAAACCCAAGUCUAUUGCCGCAGCGCGCGCGACGAGGAUGGCCAAGAGGUCGCCGACGGGAAACGCCACCGCCGCCCCACAACCACGGCCGCCACGGCGCGCUUUUGGUACCACCAGGAGCAACAACGUCCCGGUCGAGAAGCCAGCUCCGCCGCUGCAGAAGCCUUCGAAGGUAUCGCCGCCGCCGCCGAAGAAGCCUUCUAAGCUGUCGCCGCCGCCGUUGCUCAAACCUUCGAAAACAUCGCCACCAGCAGUGCAGAAGCCUUCUAAGCUGUCGCCACCAGCAACGCAGAAGCCUUCGAAGCUGUCGCCGCCGAAUCCGGUCAGGGCGACGAAGCCGUCCAAGUUUGCCGCAAAGCCCCUGAAGAAAGUCGCCCCGGGUGCGGAUCUGGAGGCGAAGGCCAAGAAGAGGAGCCAGCGAGUGAGCUUCCAGGAGGCUGAAGUGGGGGCGGCGGCCCCCAGGAGUGGAGAGAAGGCGAAAGCUUAUGCUGACGACGCGGCUGGGCACACGCCGAUGGUGGCUAUGAGAGCCGCAGAGAAGCCAGCAAACGUUUUGGCUGCAGAGACGCCCUUCUUUAGCGCGCAGAAUUGCAGCAGUUGCACGGUCGACCAGCUUGAGUCAGCUACAUACUGGCUAGCCCAGAUCCGUUUGGCUGAGUCUGUUGGGAAACACUGGGUUGCUGCAGCAUUCUUUCGCCUUGCGUUUGAGUGCCAAGCUCAGCCAAUUCACAGGAUCCAAAGUGAGCUCCGGAGUUACGCAGUGCGCCAUGAGAGUGCUGGCACUUUGACCCCUUUAUUUGAUGAGCUUCUCACUGCUCAUGGCAUGCCAGUGAACCAACCAAAGUUUGACGUUGAUGGUUGUGAGAAGAUAGAUACGCCUAUAGCAAAUGCAGUAGACAAAAACACUGACACUGCCACACUUAAAGUAGAUGAGUGCCUGGAAUGUGACUCUGGUGACGAUCUUAUUGAUGUGGGUGUCAUCAUUGCUGACAAGCAUGAUGAGGAUGCCAUGGGCCAACCAGACUUUCAGAGGAAACUGGACGAAAGUUUUGAGUUUGAUGACUCUGAGGCUGUGAUUGUGGAGCAGUUCGAUGAAGAAAACUUUGAUCUAUUGAAGAACAUCGAGAUUAAAGUUCCUUGUAGCAAUGAAUCAAUCCAGCCAGCAUGCAGAUCCUCCACUGAAAAAUUGAGCCCGAGAGAAUCUGUAGUAGCAAUGGAUUCUUCUUCUGGACACCUCUCAUUGGAUAAGCUUUCAGAAAAAUUGUCUCCCGGCAUGGGGAGUUCAUCCUCAAAGCGUUUAUCUUCUGUUAGCUCUUUUGACAAGAAGUCUCCAUUGUCGUCGGAGAGGCUAACAUCUAGUUGCCCUUCUUAUAAAAAGUCUGCUUUCACUAGAGACCUAUCUUCAAAGCAGAUGGUAUCUGGAAGCCAUUCUGAUGUGAAGCCCAAUGCUAUUGCUGGAGUUCCUGAUCAUGAGAGCAAAGUGAUUCAAGAUGUGGCAUCAGAGUGUCCUGCUUUAUUUUAUCAGCUUGAGUCCAGAGGACCCGUGGAUGCUGCUGCCAAUUAUGAGAUGCAUUAGCAACUGGAGCUGGAGUCAUGUAGUGUGUGCUUGUACAUGUAGUUCAUUUUUAGUCUGGAGCUUUCUUUGUUUGCUUCCGUCUGGGAAUAGGAUCAUCUGUGCGCUUGCCACCGGGUAUGGUUUUCUUUAACCAGUCCAAGAACGUGAUGUUGUGAACAAAGGUCGUCAUUCUCAGAUGACCUCUGGGGAUUUUUCCCCCUUCCGUUUACUUCGUAUGUUAGUAUGCUUGCUUAGCAUAACAGAGUUGUGGUCUCUAUCUGUUUAACUUUAAUGUGGGAAUCAUUGAAACCUUUGUGGUAUCGACUUUGUUGUAAUAUGUGUCAUUAUCACUUGAAAAGUGCUACAAUGCAAAACGUUGUCA